UUGUUGAAGAUGAAGAACAGGUUGUUACAUACGACUACGACUUUCUCAUAAAUUCAAACCAAAAUCCGCAUUUUGAUUUUAUCUUCCUAACAUAUCAAAGAAUUAUCUUGUUUUUCCUCAACCAUUUGGUAAUGGACACUGAAUCCCCUUCAGAUUCUGCUGAAAGAUUCAAGCUUUACGAUGAGCUUGAAUUGCAAGAGUUUCAGGACAAAUUUGUAAUCAAAUCCCAUCAAUCUCCGAAUCAUGGCUUCUGGAUUAGUCGUGUUGAUGGAAACAUCAAUUCCCUUGAUGGUGACGCAGUCUCAGAAAGUCCAACAAAGACGUCUACGAUUUAUGGUGUCGUGGGUACAAUAAGAUUGGUUGUAGGAACUUAUGCCAUUGUAAUAACUUCUCGGAAGGAAGUUGGAAGUUUCCUUGGUUUUCCGGUGUAUCGCUUGAUGUCUAUGAGAGUUCUUGCAUGUAAUGAGGCUCUGAAGUUUUCAACUUCUCAAGAAAAAAGGGACGAAGAAUACUUCUUGACGUUAUUGAAAAUGGUAGAGUCAAUGCCAGGCCUAUACUAUUCUUAUGAAACAGAUAUUACAUUAAACUUGCAGAGAAGAAGCAAGUUAGUUGAAGGGUGGAUGAGUAAGCCACUAUGGAAGCAGGCUGACCCGCGAUAUGUAUGGAACAAACAUCUUAUGGAGGAGCUCAUUGAGUUUAAGCUUGACAGAUUCAUCUUGCCCCUAGUACAAGGGAGCUUCCAAACAGCUGAGCUGAAGCUAAAAGACUCGUGUGCUAAACUCACAUUAAUAUCAAGGAGAUGUACACGACGUCUAGGAACUAGAAUGUGGAGAAGAGGAGCUAACUUUGAAGGUGACACUGCCAAUUUCAUUGAAACUGAACAGUUACUGGAAACUGAAGAUUUCAGUUUCUCAUUUUUGCAGGUUCGAGGUUCAGUUCCUCUUUUGUGGGAGCAGAUUGUUGACCUAAGCUAUAAACCACACCUUAGGGUUAUUAGUCAUGAGCAAACACCAAAUAUUGUGGAGCGUCAUUUCCAUGAUCUCUCACAAAGAUACGGAGAGAUAUUAGCAGUUGAUCUAACUGACAAACAGCAUGGUGAAGAAGGUCAACUAAGUGCAGCAUACGCCGCUGAAAUGCAAAAUCAGCAAAAUGUGAGAUAUGUGCCUUUUGAUUUCCAUUUCCACUGUGGGAACUCAAAUUAUGAUGGUAUGAAAAUCCUUUACGAUCAAAUUUCAGAGGAUUUUGAAAAACAAAGAUACUUCAUGAUAGAUAGAAAAGGAGAUAUACUAGAGGAGCAGAAAGGAAUUAUCAGAGCAAACUGCAUCGAUUCCCUUGAUCGAACAAAUGUCACUCAGUGUUAUAUGGCACAGAAGGCAUUAAAUCUUCAAUUGCAGAGAAUUGGAGUUCUUACCUGCUCCGAGUGCAUUUCAAUGUUUGACAAGGAAAAUGGAAAAUUUAGAAUAUUAUGGGCAGAGCAAGGUGAUGAGAUAAGCCAGGAGUAUGCUGGGACUAAUGCUCUCAAAGGAGACUUAGUUAGAUAUGGAAAGAAAACCCUAGCUGGAUUAAUCAAAGACGGGAUUAGUGCAGUUUCGCGCUAUUACUUGAAUAAUUUUCACGAUGGAAUUCGGCAGGAUGCUCUAGAUCUGAUAAGCGGUCACUAUACUGUCCGAAGAAAUGCUCCUUCUCCUUUUCAACGAAAUAGCUUUGAACCUUUAUCUAAAAAUGUAACUUUGCAGUACCUCCCUGUGGCAUCAGCUUUGAUCAUUGGUAGUUUGACAGCAACUUCCUUCACUCUUCAUCAAGCGGGCCGAAACACGCAGCAGUAUGUGUCUUCUGUAAUCUGUGCUGGAAUAACUGCUGGAAUCAUGGCAAUUGUCAAAGCUAAUGGAAGGCAGUUCUGCUCAAGGCCCCGAUUGUGUGGUCUCUUGUGAUACAAUUAACCAUGAUUUUUUACUACCCUUUUGAACAAAACUUCAAAAAGAAGAAGAAAAAACGGUGGUCUUAUUCCAGACAUUGUAAAUAUAUGAUUAAAUUUGAUGCUUAUGUUGAUAAAUAUUGUUUUGGCCUUUUGGGAUAGGUUGCUAUCCAUAAACUGUUCAUAUUGCAUGCACAGCCACUUUGAUUUUUUUAUUUUAAAUAUAAAAAAAAAGGUCUUAUUGAUAUUAAAAUUACUUCAUACUUCAAUAUUUUUACAUUUUUUUAUAUAUAAAUAUUAUCAAUUAUUUGGAAGGAAAGAUUAUCUUUAUCUUAAUCUUAAUCUUAAUCUACUUAAUAUAAAUGUAAAGAAGUCAUGAUGGCAACCCUAGCCACAUGUCUUCUUGGUAAUAAUCCUCGCCACAUGUCAAUUGAUAAUAAUUCUAAAUAAAACCCUAAUUAUACAAACUAUAU